AACAGCAGCUGUUUUUAGUUUCUUAACUUUUGUUUACGUUUUUACUGGACCUUAUUUUAAACUUUUAAAUAAAUGGAGUCCCUGGCGAAAUAUCGUUAUAGCCUGGUGGCUGGGUCUUUUGCCGCUGGGGGAAGCUUUUUUGGUAAACUUCCAAGCCACCUCAGUGCCCAAAAGUUACUGAACACAUCCGGAGGUAUUUCUGAAUCAUCGUAUUUGGAAUUAGCUUUAGUGCGUGUCCUUCCAUUGGUCCUCAUGAUAAUCUGCAAUGUCAGCAACUUGCGUUGCUUUUUAAAAGCCUUGCAAAUGACUGAUCAAACGUUGACUUGCGUCGUUUUAACCGCCGCCUCCAAUUAUGUCUUAUCGUUUAUUUUAGGAGCUCUGGUUUAUCAGGAACCACUUACAGCCCUAUCUGGCAUUGGUAUAACACUAAUUCUGGCCGGUCUUUGGUUCCUUUGCGACGGUGGAGCUGCUGAAACCUUGAAAACGGAAGCAGAUAAGGAGAAAUAAUUUAAAAAAAAGUAUUUUUAUAAUAUGUAUGUUAGUUAAACUAAAUAUUCUGUAACACAUUUUGAUGUGACAUGGAUGGCUUUAAGAAAUAAUGUUAAGAUCUUAGAUGAAGUAAUAUUUAUCCUAAGUAAACGUUAAAAGAACCAGGUCUUAACCCAGUUUUAA